CAAGGGGCGAGGCCAGGAGGCGUGACGAGAGCGCCCGGAGCCAGCGUGGACCAAUCAGGGUCCUGGGGGCGGGAUCUCCGGGCAGAUGGGCGUGGCCUAGGGGGGAAAUCACUGAGCGAGCCCCUGAGGUCCUGGCCCGGGAAAACGCCCUCUGCGGCGAGGACGAGACCGGCCGCCAUGCCGCCCCGUGGGCCGCGCAGAGCCCUGCUGCUGCUGCUGCUGUUGCACGCUGCGGGCGCCGUGCCGCUGGAGCGGGGGUCCCCCCGCCAGGACGAGAGCCCCGCCACCGAGAGUCCCGACACCGGGCUGUACUACCACCGGUACCUGCAGGAGGUCAUCAACGUGCUGGAGACGGACGGUCACUUCCGGGACAAGCUGCAGGCCGCCAACGCCGAGGACAUCAAGAGCGGGAAACUGAGCCGAGAGCUGGACUUCGUCAGCCACCACGUGCGCACCAAGCUGGAUGAGCUCAAGAGGCAGGAGGUGUCUCGGCUGCGGAUGCUGCUCAAGGCCAAGAUGGACGCGGAGCAGGAGCCCAACGUGCAGGUGGACCACCUGAGCCUCCUGAGGCAGUUCGAGCACUUGGACCCCCAGAACCAGCACACGUUCGAGGCCCGCGACCUGGAGCUGCUGAUCCAGACGGCCACCCGGGACCUCGCCCAGUACGACGCGGCCCACCACGAGGAGUUCAAGCGCUACGAGAUGCUGAAGGAGCACGAGCGCCGCCGGUAUCUGGAGUCCCUGGGAGAGGAGCAGAGAAAGGAGGCGGAGAAGAAGCUGGAGGAGCAGCAGCGCCGGCACCGAGAGCACCCGAAAGUCAACGUGCCUGGCAGCCAAGCCCAGUUGAAGGAGGUGUGGGAGGAGCUGGAUGGAUUGGAUCCCAACAGGUUUAACCCCAAGACCUUCUUCAUACUGCAUGAUAUCAACAGCGACGGCGUCCUGGACGAGCAGGAGCUGGAGGCGCUUUUCACCAAGGAGCUGGAGAAAGUGUACGACCCGAAGAACGAGGAGGACGACAUGCGUGAGAUGGAGGAGGAGCGACUGCGCAUGCGGGAGCACGUGAUGAAGAAUGUGGACGCCAACCAGGACCGCCUGGUGACCCUGGAGGAGUUCCUCGCGUCCACUCUGAGGAAGGAGUUCGGGGACACCGCGGAGGGGUGGGAGACCGUGGAGAUGCACCCGGCCUACACGGAGGAGGAGCUGCGGCGCUUUGAGGAGGAGCUGGCCGCCCGCGAGGCCGAGCUGAACGCCAAGGCCCAGCGGCUGAGCCAGGAGACACAGGCCCUGGGGCGGUCCCAGGACCGCCUGGAGGCUCAGAGGAGGGAGCUGCAGCAGGCCGUUCUGCAGAUGGAGCAGAGGAAGCAGCAGCAGCAGCAGCCACAGGACCUCGGUGCCCCCGGCCCCAACCCGGAGGGGCAGCUCAAGUUCCGUCCGGACACCGCUGCAGACGACGCGCCCGUGCCGGCCCCGGCCGGUGACCAGAAAAGAAGCGGACGUUUCAGAAAAGAAGGCCCCUGAGCCGGCCACGGGGGACCCCCGCUGGAGUCCCAGCGCCUGUGAUCAAACGACCCC